CUGUAUCUCUCACAACUGUCGUGGUGUGUCUAUUCCAAUUUGCAAACGAAGAAGCUCAAGUCACACUGGUUUGAAGAAACAAAAGAAAGAAGUACGGACGACACACCAACGAAGGAAACACUAUGAUAAAGUAUACAAACAGUGCGCUUAGCAUGUCGGUCAUAGUUGCCAUUGUGCUGGCUGCAAGUCUCGUCCUGCCCGAAACCAGAUCUCAAUCUAUCGGAAGACCUAACAAAUGUGUCGCUACUCCCGCGAGACGCUGUCGAAGAUUAAUUGAUGCAAGGGCUAUUGCGUCGAGGCCCAACUUGAACGUUGGUGGUGGUCCUAAGCCAAUGCCGCUGGCAAUUAUGCGAUACGGAAAACGACGAGAUAACUCGAUAACUGUGGCCGAGUUUGAUACUUUGCACUCAACCGAAAAGAGAAGACUGGCUUUCCUUAAACCAAGCCCUGACAAUAAACAACACGGCGCUGGCUCAAAACUCAGAUUGGAAUCAAGCAUUGAGCUCGAAGACAACCAUCCUGACAUCGGUGAGGUGGAGCACAACUCGAUUUUGAAGAGAGUCACGCAGUUCCUUAGAAAUAUAGUUAGUUAUCCGAAUCAGUAUAAAAAAUAGCAAUAUAGCAACUUUGAACGUAUUUUUAAGUUUUGUUCAUCAUUAGUUUUACGACGCUGUUCUUUUACCAGGCUUCG